AUGAUAUUCUAUCCUUCAUUAUAUAGAAAAAAUAAGAUAAAUAAUGAGAAAUCAUAUAUGAGUACUGAUCAAACAGACUAUAAUACAACAGUAUUCUUACAGAAGUCUGUUACCAACAUUCCUACAAUAGAAACCGUAGAUAAAACAUUGUUAAUUAACCCAAAUCAGGUAGAUAUUGAAUGUUGUACUCAUAUCUCUAGUAAAUGGUCGACAGUACAAUCGUAUAGAAAAAUAUUUCCACUAUCCCAAAGUAGAAUGUUUACAGUUAUCCCAUCAAAAAGUGGUCAUAUAGAUCGAUCUAAUGACGAAAUAUACAAAGAUCAUAUCACAUUGAAGCAUUGUGGUAAUGAUGAAACUAUGUACAACAGUGUUACAAUAAUUUCACAAAAAUUUGAUAGAGAAGUAGAUAAAUUGAAUACUCAAAAUAUUCAUGAAAACAUCACAUUAUUAACAUCCAAUACAUCAGAGAUGCAAAUUAUUCUUAUUAACGGACUACAAAAGAACUGUGAAACCACACGGAAAGAUACCAUCGAGAAACCUAGGAGGGAUUCAUUAAGAAACUCACAGAUAAAUAAAGUUCCUGUAACUAUAGUAAAGGAGAAUAUCGAUAAUGACGGUGUAAUGUUGCAAAAAGGAAUCAUUUAUCUUCUCCUUUCAAACAACAUAUCUAUAGUACAAACUAAUAAGAACUCUGUUAAAUUUUCUCAUCCUAAUAUGCAUAGAAACGAUAAACCAUACCCUGAAGAGUUAAUAUAUUCUCAGAUUUAUUUUAUGCAUGAUUUGAAACCUUCUAUUAAACUAAAUAUUUAUCGAUAUUUGUUGGGAAAAUAUUCAAGAACUACUCAUAGUCAUUUCAUGAUACUUUUAAAAGAUAAUGACACAAUUUUCGAUAUUUUUGAAGAGUUUCAUAGUUAUACUACUAAUUUUUUAUCAGUAGCACAAGAAAAUAAGUGUCAAUACGAACCAUUGAAUAAACAUUUAGAAGAUGAAUUUGUAGACGAAAUUCAUGAAAUUUCUAUGCUUAACUUGAAUCCUUCAAUCCAACAAGGUACAUAUAAUAUUCAUCUAGAUAGACUGAAAUCAGGUAAUCUACGGUUAAAUUUAACAUCAUUUUCAUGUAUUCAACUUGUAUUACAUAAUCAUGAGAUUAAGAAUCAUUGUAAGAGAAUAUUACACAUUAAUAAAAAGGUUAAUUAUCUAUUCUACAUGGUAAGUGAAAGAAUGAAAUCGAAAUCAUACAGAUUUUAUAGCGAUCUAAUUAAACUACAAACUAUUCGAUUAAAUCAUUCACAAAGAUUAUUGAUACAAUCUUCUCCAAAUUAUCAUUUAUAUGAAGAGAUAACAUAUAGAGAAUUACAAAAUGGUUACAGUAUUCAAGAUUUGAGAAUAACAAUGAAAUCAGAAUCAAUAUUCAAUCAAGCUAGAUAUAUUAUAAAUGAUACAACAGUACACUUGGAUCAAAGAUAUACAAAUGAACUACAAACGAAACUAAAAAUCAGUAUUGUUCCUCAAAAUACAAUAUCAACUAUUUCACAUGUUUUUCAUCAUAACAAUAAACAUAAGAAUUUCAAAGAUGACAUAGAUACUCCUUGUCAAUUAAAUGAAAUAUGUUUACUUUCUAAUAAAAAUCAUAUACAGGAUAGAAUGAUACUUUAUUCAUCUACUCCCCCUGAUUCAUUCAUUGUAAACUCUAGUCAUAGGUCAAAUGUUGUAGUCAAGCUUGAUAAUAUAUAUCAAAAUUCAGAUCUAUAGUAAAAUGUAAACAAUUUAUAAAAAUAAACCAAGUCGAUAAAUCUCUCAAAUUGAAAGAAAAGUUUCAACAAGAUAAAAAGAAGACAAAGAAGUUAUUGUUAGUGUU